GAGUAAAAGUUUCCGCUCAUGACGUUUGCCAGUCGAUUCAAGGCCUUCCUCAACCACCCCACGGGGCCCAAGACGACGCACUUCUGGGGGCCGGUAGCCAACUGGGGCUUCGUCGCCGCCGCGAUCGCCGACAUGAACAAGCCGGCGGAGACGAUCUCGGUCAACAUGACGGGCGCCAUGGCCAUGUACAGCUUGAUCUUCAUGCGCUUCGCCUGGAUGGUCCAGCCGCGCAACUACCUCCUCUUCGUGUGCCACGUCUCGAACGAAACGGCGCAGCUCUACCAGCUGCAGCGGGCUCUCCGCGCGCCCAAGAAGGAAGACGACAAGUAACUUCACCUUGCUUCUGUCCGUCGCCUAACCAGCCAUCAUACAUGCUCGUGCUCUU